AUGUCGCCGUGGAGCUCUCGAGCCCAGGAAAUGCCAAAUUCCCAGGUGGACCGCCUAUUGACAGGAUCUUCAAAAGCCGAUUAUUUUCUCAAUUGCUCAUCCAUGUCAAGUGACGAUGUUGUGAUAGAGCGCUCUGGUGGACCAGACGAGCUCGCGUGGGAAAGCCAUAAGUCGAGGAUUGUGGAUCUAUACAAAUCCAAAGACAAGACUCUGAGAGAAGUCAUAGAAAUAAUGAAAGCACAGCAUAAGUUCAAAGCUAGAUGUACAGGAAUCGCUUUCGCCAAUGGAAUGUUGAAAAAAUUUCAAGAAAGAAGUGAUGCACGCCAUCCUGCGUAA